AACCUCAAAUGGUUCUAAAAAUGUACAAAGGGAUUUUCGCUCUGGUAUCACUGGCGUGCAUCUUGCUCGUCAUGAAUUAAUGAAUUUCAUGGGCUGCCUUAGGAACUUUACACUCGACCAGUGCUAUGGUGAUUACCUGAAAACUCAUCACAGCAUGAUGGAACCAAUGAGACGAAUGGCCGACAUGAAAGCCAGAAUUCACAAUUUUGGCCGCUUGAUGUGUGGUAUGGACGGAAAUGGUUAUAAUGUCACAGGGCUACCUAAGAACAUUACUGACCUGCUGAAAUGCAAGAAAGAGUUUUACGACAAUGGAAAAGGCUGUGCUAAACCGUUCCACGACAAAUUCAAGGCCAAGGCUAAACCAGAGGACUUGUGCAAAUAUUUCAUGAAGGCAAAGGAGUGUCAGGUAGAUUUAAUGAAGAAGUACUGUGCACCGAGCAAGCCCCACAAGCCUGAUCCCUUUAAUCCAUUCUGUCCCGGUGAAAAAGAUCCGUCCUCUCAUGCAGGAGCAGGAAAACUAAACACGGGUGUGGCCCUCGUAUUUGUGGGCCUUGCUCUUCAUUUUUUGUCGUAAGCCUCUGACUGCGGAUGCACAUGAGUUUUCCAGUUUACACUAUGACACUGUUAGUAGAAUCAUAGCAGACAGCUUGAACAAAAGAAUUUUGCGAAAUCUUUAUUUCAUGUAGAUGUCGAAUGCAUCCGUCCUCACGAAGCUCAGAAUUUUACUAUUGAAUCAGCAAUUGGAAGAUUUUCCCAGAUGUUAUGCCAAUGACAAAUGUUAGUUUUCAAAGUUAUCAUGUCCGUUUUAUUGUUAUCAUUUAUUAGCCUGCCGUGCUUGGAAAUUCCUUUGCCUGUUUGCUAGCACUGGAAAUGUAUACGUACAAUAAAGCACUUUGAACACAAAUAAUAUGGCGUGUUUGAUUAGUGUUGCAGACAGUAGCCAGCCAUCCGACAGACCACGGGGUGUGUAAACUUAUUAAGCUCCAUUUUGUUGCAAAGAGAACUCUAUUGUCGGUUUAAGAGACAAUGACGCGAAAAACUGAUUUUAGAAAACGAGCUAAAAUAAAAACCAAGCACGUUUGGGCA